GGAACCUUCCUAGUUUGCGGCAAUACCUUUUACCAUACCGGGUCCAUGUUACUCUUACAGACCGGCCUUAUUCCCGAAUCGGAGAUUUCGUCUUCCCCCGUUAAGGAUGCUGGAGGUACUCCUUGUCACUUGACAUACCUUAUAUUUGGACCUUAUAUAAGCUAUAAGGAAUCAGUUGAAGUGUCCAAGCUAACCAGAUUUAAGGUUGAUACUGUUUGCCAUGCGAGGAAACUCUGUGGUAUAUCUAUGUCAAACCGGUCCCAGUAGGUUUCAAAGGAUACCCUUUUCCACUCACUAUUCCGAAGGAAUAAUAGAGAGAUAUUUUGGAACUUCGGC